AUGAUGUUUGCUUACAUGUGGCUUAGUUACUUCGUUUUUUUUAUUUGGUUUGAAAUUACAUGCUUCAAAAUAAACACAUUAAAAGGUAACAAUAAUUUAAUUUCCUUAGGACAAAAUAUAAAAAAUAUAAAAGUAAAAUUCAGAAAUAGCAUAUACAAUCAUGAGGUAACCAAUAACACGGAACUAAAAAAAAACAUUGAAAAUAAAUUGAAAUAUCAAAUUGGCAUUGAGAUACACGUACAGUUAAGUACAAAACAUAAAGCGUUCUGUAGUUGCUUUAAUACAUCUUCUUUAUAUAAAGAAAAAAAAAAUGAAAAGUAUAACACUGAUUUAACAAACUUUUUAAAUGAAAAUAUACUGAAAAAAAAAACAGUAAACAAAAUAGAUAAUUAUAACUCUGAAAUUGAAAAUUUAAAAAAUGAUAUAGAAGACAAUAAAAAAAGUGAAACAAAUUGUCAUGGUAAUUAUGGGGAUAACACUAUUACUAAACCAAAUGAACACAUUUGCAAUAUUUGUGUAGGUGAAGUAGGUUCGUUAAAUUUAGUAAAUAUUACAGCCAUUUUGUAUACAUAUUUAAUUUGCAUCAUUCUUAAUUGUAAUUUAAGUAAGCAUAUAUCAUUUGAUAGAAAAAUUUAUAAUUAUUAUGAUUUGCCCAAAGGAUAUCAAAUUACACAAAAAGAAAAACCACUAGGAUCAAAUGGGCACAUUUAUAUCAACGGAAAAAAAUAUAAUAUAAAAAGUGUUCAUUUAGAAGAAGAUACAAGCAAAUCUUUUUUACUUUUCAAUAAUUUAAAUAAAAGGAAUUCCAAUGAAUCGAUACCGUCAGAAAUAAAUGACAGAGACACAUUUAAUAAUGAUAUUUUAUUGGAUAAAAAUAAACAUAUUGAUGAUAUUACUAAUAAUUACAUAAAUUCAUCAUCUAAUAAUACCAAUUUAGAAAUUAAUUCGAUUAACCAUGGAGUUGGAAUAAAUAGUAAUUCGGAUAUAAAGCUUUUAUUAGACUAUAACAGAUGUGGUAUACCAUUAGCUGAAAUUGUAAUCGAAAAAGGUUACAUGAAUAUUGACGAUUGUAUAAACCUGUUAAAAGAAAUCAAAAAUAAAAUAUGUUUGCUAGGUGUGUGUGUAGGUAAUAAAGAAAAUAUAAGAUCAGACAUAAACAUAUCUUUUGAAUAUGAAAAUAUAAAAUAUAAUAGGAUAGAGCUUAAAAAUAUUAAUAGCUUUACAAAAAUAAGAAAUUGUAUAGAAUUAGAAAAACAAAAUGCUGUUAAAUCAAUCUUAGAAAAUUAUAAUAACAUAAAAUGUAAUAAUAAUGACAAUAAUAAUAUGUCAAGUGAUAUAUAUACAAAAAGCUAUGUAAAUAAUACAGAUUAUUUUUUACGAAAAAAAGAAAAAUAUAAUUAUGUACACGAAGGAAAUAUACCUGAAUAUAAACUAAACAAUAAAGUCUUAAAGUUGUUAAAGUUUUAUGUUAAUUAUAAAAUCAAAAUAUAUGAAGAUCAAAUUAAAUAUAAAUGGUCAAAGCAUUAUUUCCAUGUAUUUUUUAAUGACCCAUUUUUAUACAACUAUUUUAACGAAUGUUUGGAGCAUAUAGAAGUAGAUAAAAAAGUAAAUGGCAAUGAAAUUGGCGAGGAUGUAAAUCGGAUGGAUGAAGAAAAGAGCAUCUCAAAUUUUAUAGUUAAUACGUUAAUAGAUAUAUUAAAAAAAAAAAAUAUGUUAUCAAAAAAAAUUUUGAUAAAACCAAAGGAUUUAUAUUUUCUUAUCAAAUGCUCAAAAAAAUAUAAUAUAGACAAAACUUUUAUCAGAGAAUAUUUAUAUAAAUACAUAGAUAUAGGGUUUGACAAAGAAGCAUUAUUAGAAAAAUUAAACAUUGCAAAUAAUAAUAUCUUUGAUGAAAUGCAUAAUAUUCUAAAAAAUAUUCUUGAUAAAAAUAUAAAGUAUUUACAAAUUGAUGAUAAUAAAAAUAUAUUAAAUGAGCAAAAUUUUAAAAACCGAAUUAUAGGUAUUUUAAAAAAUAAAAUAAAUCAAGAAAAAUCGUUAAUGAGCAUUAAUUACACAUUUGUAAAUACCUUUAUUAGUGAUUAUAUUAAAAAAAUAUUGGAGGAAAUGCCAUAG